ACCUACCUAAUUGGCAUAAUGGAUCUCUUCUCUCUGCAAAACAGGACCGCCCUCGUCACUGGGGGCACCCGCGGCAUUGGCCAACAAAUGGCCAUUGCCCUGGCCGAAGCUGGCAGCGACAUCAUCCUCGUCCAGAGAGACACAUCCAACCCCGAAACCAAACAACGUAUCGAAUCCCUCGGCCGCAAAGCAACCAUCUACACUGCCGACCUCUCGUCAAAGGAAUCCGUCUCGGCACUCACACCCACCAUCCUCGCCGAUGGUCACGACAUCAGCAUCCUAGUCAACUGCGCUGGUAUCCAACGCCGACAUCCCAGCCAUCUCUUCCCUGACAGUGAUUGGGAUGAGGUGCUCCAAACGAACCUAACCACCAUCUUUACCCUCUGUCGCGACAUCGGCGCCUACAUGCUCAACCGCUCUCCCGAUCCCCAUGGUCACCGCGGCUCCAUCAUCAACGUUGCCUCUCUCGUCUCCUUCCAGGGGGGGAUAACCGUCCCUGCCUAUGCGGCUGCAAAGGGCGGCGUCGCGCAGCUCACGAAAGCGUUGUCGAAUGAGUGGGCUUCUAAGGGAAUAAUUGUCAAUGCGGUGGCACCGGGCUAUGUAGCUACGGAGAUGAAUACGGCGUUAUUGAACGAUGAGCAGAGGGCAAAGAGUAUUCUGGAACGGAUACCCGCGGGACGAUGGGCCACACCAGAGGAUUUCAAGGGCGUGACAGUAUUUCUGGCGAGUCGGGCGAGUGCGUAUGUUUCGGGCACUGUGGUCUUGGUGGAUGGAGGGUGGAUGGGGAGGUAGGAUAGGUUUGUUUCAUGUUGGAGUGAUCAGUUGGUUGGAUUAUGGGGGAGAUGUAUCGGAUGUUUCCCUGUAAGGCAUUUGCUAGUCUAUAUGUGGGAUAAUGAACCGAGUGCCGAGUCAGCCAAAGGUCCACAUAGUC